CACAUCUUUCACACCUCUCAGUCCUUCUCAAGAGGAAGUAUAGAUGGGUAGAGAGGAGAGGUGGGUGGGGGGAUGGACAGGCUACAAGUCACUAGAGUUUAGAUACAGUUAGUGAUCGACACGUUGAGAUGGAAUGCACCUGUCUUCUACUCUUGCUGUUGAGUACACUGGUAUACUGUAGCCUCGGACAAGGUGGAGUUCUCUUUAAUCCAGCCUCUCUGAGUGUCAGUCCUGACAGAUCUCAGUUCUUUAAAUUAGAGUCUGUCUCUCUGAGCUGUGAGGUUCAGGGGAACUCUACUGGAUGGAGAGUGGUGAGGAACACAGAGAGAGGAAUCCUUUCAGAGUGUAGUACUGACUGGGGGAAACAACAAUGGUCUUCAUGCAUCGUGUCGCUAAUACUAUCAGACAGUGGAGUGUACUGGUGUGAGUUUGGGUCUGGAGAACACAGCAAUGCUGUCAACAUCACAGUACAUGCUGGUGCUGUGAUCCUGGAGAGCCCUGCCCUUCCUGUGACUGGGGGAGAUUCUGUGACUCUGCGCUGCAGAUAUCAGGGAACUCGCUCUGACCUCACAGCUAUUUUCUACAAAGAUGGAUCCCUCAUCAGGGCUGAGACUACAGGAGAGAUGACCAUCCCUGCAGUAUCCAAGUCAGAUGAAGGACUCUACAAGUGUACCAACUCUGAAGGAGAAUCACCAGAGAGCUGGAUGACUGUGACAGAUGGGGGCUCUACCUCAUCCUCCUCUCCUCCCUCCUCUCUCCUCCCCUCCUCUCUCAUCCUCCCUCUGUCUGUCUCUGGGUUGGUGGCUGCUCUCGCCAUCUCUCUGAUCAUUCUACUGGUCCUGUUCUGCAAGAAGAGGAACAAACAUGUAGCAGCUGAACCCAGAGAUGUUACCUAUGCUGACGUCAGAAUCACACAGGACCCAGAACCCAGGAGAAGGAGAGAGAAGUCUCCAGGAGCUGAUCCAGUCUACUCUGCAGUGAAGACCUCCAACACCACAGUGACCCUGUUCAUCAGAACGUCAUGGUGGGUGGAAAAAGAUGCUCUCUUCAGCAGCGGUGAAUAACCACAACCCUAUCAGUCCAUCUCUUUACUUCCCCGUUCUCUAAUCUUCUCUCUCCCCCCUUCCUUGUUCACACCAACACACUCUCUUUAGACGCUGCAGCCUUGACCUCCAUCAACAGUAUCAGCAACAGAGAGGUGUGAAGUUUCCACAACAGAGUUAGAGUCAGUAUAUCAUGUACUUCUCUUUAGACGCUGCAGCCUUGACCUCCAUCAACAGAGUUAGAGUUAGUUUAUCAUGAGAACAUACAGACACCACUGACUAGAACCAGCUGACAGUAUCAGUUGUAAAGGCUUCAUUACUACUAACAGAAGGAAAGUUGUAGUGUCCAUGAUGAAUGAUGUAAAGGCUUCAUUACUACUAACAGAAGGAAAGUUGUAGUAUUAUGUCCAUGAUGAAUGUCGUAAAGGCUUCAAUGUGUUUUAUAUUCUAAUUGUUUAUGUAAAAUUGGAAAUUGUAUUUUUCUAUAAUUUCAUUUUGUGUGUUCAGCUUAAGCAACACAAGUGUAUGGUUAGCAACUUGCCAAAUAAAGUUCCAUGUGUUGUAUCCUGAUUUGUCCACUAGAUGGCAGUGCUCCAUGUGUUGUAACGGUGUAAUACUGAACUGUAAUACUGUUAUACAUCUAUUACAUUCCCUGGCUGCAGACAUGGAUGAUCCUUUAACCUGUUAUGGCUAGGGGGCAGUAUUUUCACGGCCGGAUAAAAAACGUACCCGAU